CUAGCUUUUUAAAGAAUCAGUAUAUUAAUUUGAGUCGCUUCCUACUCUCUCUGUCUGACUCGGGUUAUCCUGACUGCUUGACUUGACUCUUUUCGUAUUGGCUAGCGUCGCGAUCAUCUCGCUCUUUCCCGACGAACCAGUGCAGUCAUUAUCGGACUCUAGCGUCAUACCUACCUUUUUAGCUGCACUGCAACUUGGAACAAGAAGAGGACUGGAAGUUUAUAUACUGGAUAUAUUCCUCCCAUACCUCUUCUCUGCUUGAUCCACCAUAUCCCUUCACGUUGCGACUCCUCCAUUAUUACUUGACUGAACCUUAGAAACUACGGCAACGAUGUCGGGGAACAUCGUGGACAGGGACCUGCUAGAGGCAGAGCGUGCAGCCUCUCCUCAACGCUACCAGCGACGAGACAGUGCUGAGAUCGAGCGAGUUAUCUCUGCUUCUACCGUCUCAUCAUCAUCCUCCGAAAACUCAGCCCGUCGACGAAGCCGCUCCAUCGGCCAGCACAACAGCAUCAGUCGCAUCUCAACACAAAACGACCUUGAGCACCACCCUACCGAACUCAGCCGUAUCCAAACCGCCCGCAGCCAGCACAAUGCUACCGUCGGAGGCAGUCUGCGCUCGCGCACUGCUUCGCGCGCAUCCAGGAAGCCUCUCCCCAACUUUGGAGCUGGAAAGCCUUAUCCCCCUCCCUUGCCUGAGCAGGAGCAGUAUGUCGUCGAGUUUGAUGGGCCCGAUGAUCCUCUGCACUCGCAGAAUUGGCCAUUGAAGAAGAAGCUCAUUACUGCUGCCGUUUUGGGCUUCACCACCAUGACUGCUGCUUUCACAUCCUCCAUCUUCUCUGCUGCUACUAUGAUUGUCGCUGCCGACUACGGCGUGGACAACGAGGUUGGCUUGCUUGGAACUACCUUCUACGUUCUUGGUUUUGCUUUCGGCCCUUCACUUUGGGCUCCUCUGUCUGAGUUGAAAGGGCGUCGCCUGCCGAUUCUUAUCUCUAUCUUUGGUUUCUCCCUCUUCUCAAUCGCAUGUGCUACUGGAAAGGAUAUCCAGACUAUUCUGCUCUGUCGAUUCUUCAGUGGUUUCUUUGGUGCCUGUCCUCUUGCUGUCGUUGCAGCUGUCUUUUCCGACAUGUUCGACAACCGUACUCGCGGUACUGCUAUCACUGUCUUCUCAAUGUCUGUCUUCACUGGACCUCUUUUGGCUCCCUUCAUCGGUGGUUUCAUUGUUGAGUCUCACCUCGGCUGGCGCUGGACCGAGUAUCUUGCUUCCAUCAUGGGCUUCACUGCUCUUAUCCUCGAUCUCAUCUUUUUAGAGGAGACUUAUCCUCCAGUCAUUCUUAUCGCCAAGGCGGCUGAUCUGCGUCGCCGCACCAAGAACUGGGGAAUCCACGCCAAGCAGGAGGAAAUCGAGGUCGACUUUAAGGAGCUUGUCAAGAAGAACUUUUCUCGACCUCUGCGUCUGCUCUUUACUGAGCCCAUCAUCCUUCUGCUCUCCAUCUACAUGAGUUUCAUCUACGGAAUUCUUUACCUUUUCCUUACCGCCUAUCCUCUCGUCUUUGUUGGCGUUCACGGCUUCAGCUCUGGUCAAUCUGGUCUUUGCUUCUUCGGCAUGAUCAUCGGUCAGCUUAUUGCUGGCGCUACAGUCAUUGCUCAGCAGCCCUGGUAUAUUCGCAAGCUUGCCGCCAACAACGGUAUUCCCGUUCCCGAAUGGCGACUAACCAACAUCAUGGCUGGUGGUGUCUCUUUUGCCAUUGGUAUCUUCUGGUUCGGAUGGACUGGAUACACCAACAAAAUCCACUGGAUUGUUCCUGCUCUAAGCGGCCUCUUCACCGGCUUCGGUCUCAUGUCCAUCUUUCUCCAGGCUCUCAACUACCUUGUUGACGCCUAUCUCAUGUUUGCCGCCUCUGCCAUUGCCGGAAACACCUUCCUCCGAUCUCUCUGUGGUGCUGGUUUCCCUCUGUUUGCUCGUCAAAUGUUUGACGGCUUGGGUAUUCAAUAUGCCGCCACCCUUCUUGGUUGCAUCGCCGUCGUCCUUGCGCCCAUUCCAUUCAUCUUCUACAAGUACGGUGCCAAGAUUCGCCAGAAGAGCAAGUACGCUCCCACUGCCCCCCCUGCGCCUGCAUCCGGCUCCUCUACUGAGGAGGAGGAGAAAGAGACUGCGAACGAUACUGCUUUGGCGGCUGUCAGAUCCCGACGAGACAGUAUCACAAGUGCCAACAGGAAAGAAACCGCAUAAAUCUCACCUCUAUCUAUUCACACUAUCUGCUAGUUUCACAAGUGGCAACACCUAAUGACAUCGCACCAUCUAUCCUGUGGAAGCAAGGCGUUUUCCAAACUGGGCUUGUUGGAUGAUGACGAUGUAAUGCGUUUGCAAAAAGUUAUUUGUUUUGAGAUACCACGUUAGGAAAUU